ACAAGAAACAUAUCAAGAAGACUUAGAGGGUGGAAUUCUGACGAUUGUCGGAUUAACUAUGGCUAACAGGAAUAAUACGACCAAGCAAAUAUCAGAGCAGCCUAGUAAUAACCACCAUUUGCGCUUAUUGGUUAAUAACGGUACUGAUAACGCUGAUAACAAUAUGCCCAGCUCAGCUGACAAUAUUUUAUACUUCCAAAAAACCCUAGCACGAAGUGUGGAAUCAUUGUAUCCGGUCGGUACCAGUCAUCUACAAUCAUCAUCAAUGCGACGUCUUUCGCACAACUUCAACCACGAAAGACGCCGAUCCUUGCUGAGAACACGACCAACAACGGCGAAGAUAAUGGCCAAAGCAAGCCGUUGUACUUCAGGUAGCCCAAAACCGCUUCAUCCUGCACAAUUUGACCCUGUUAGAGGUCUGAAUCUGAUUAAUCUAUCAAAUCUGUUAGUAGCAAACUUUUGA